AUGCGCUAUUCGGUAUUUUAUAGCUACCGAUUUCAGACGACUGAUGACAAGACACCUGACUUGUCCAUAUGUAUAUGUAGGUACCUAGUCCAAUGGAUCUCAGCGUACAACCUGAGAUGGAUCAUGGAUGACGCCUUGGCCGGUUCAUCUGUUGGCAUGCUUCUUAUCCCACAAGCGCUCAUCUAUGCGACAAUCGCGGGUGCCCCAAUCCAGCAGGCACUUCUUGCGAGUUGGCUCCCAGGAGUGAUCUAUGCUAUAAUGGGAACUUCCAGAGAUAUUAGUGUAGGCCCAACUUCCGGAACUGCAUUUUUCACUGCCACCAUUGUUGUCGAACUAGGGAAGCUCGGGAUUCCUCCCGCACUUGCUGCGGCAGUUGUCUCCUUCUCUGUUGGCAUUUGGUCGUUGAUAUUCGGCAUACUCAAUCUCGGCUUCAUAUUUGAUUAUGUGUCCACUCCUAUGUCAUUGGGAUUCACCAUGGGUACAGCCAUUGUGGUCAUCAACUCUCAGAUUCCGGCAAUCCUGGGACUACAAGGAGUGUCACCUGUGUUCAUAGACAUGAUGCCCGAGAUCAUCAAGAGGAUUGGGGAGACCAAAAGUAUCACAGUUGCCAUCGCAGUGUCAUCAAUCGUCCUCCUCGCAUUUUCGCAAUUUGUUGGCAACAAAUGGGGUCACAAGAAUGCCUUCAUCCGCAUUUUUGCUGCUAGUCGGCACAUCAACGUGUUAGGACUAUUUACGGGAAUCAGCUUUUUUGCUAACAAAAAUCUGGAUCUACCGCUGUGGUCCGUUCUCGGACCCGUUGCUACGACUCCUGUCGCCGCUGUUCCCGACCAACAAAUCUUGUCAGGUGUCUUUGGGUCCAUGAUCACACUCAUGUUGUCCACAGCCCUCGAGCACGUAGCAUUGGCGAAGACAUUUGCCCAUAAAGGUGGCUACGACAUUGAUCAGAACCAAGAAGUCUUCUCCAUUGGAGUUAUCAAUCUCGCCAAUUCAUUCUUUGGCGGACUCCCAGUCGGCGGAUCAGACAUGGCCAGAUCAUCAGUCUUAGCAACGUCAGGCUCAAGAAGUCCGCUCUCUGGAGUUUUCUCCUCCGCAAUGGUCUUCCUUGGGAUGUUUGCAUUGAGUAACUCAUUGAAAUUCAUUCCUUCAGCCACCGUUGCAGCAGUCAUAGUUGUUGCAGUAUUCGACCAAAUGCCGCCGCAGAAACUCAUUGUAGCAUUCUGGAAGAUUUCCUUCGUCGACUUUCUACAGCUCUUUCUGGCAUUUAACAUGACACUGGCUCAGUCAGGAACCGUCGGUGUCCUUGGAUCUUUGUUCUUCAUGAUCGUCUACACCACCAUGCGAAUCAUGUUUUCUCGGCCGACCGGCAUCGUCUCGAUCGAUCUUGAGACCCAAUACAGCAACAACAGUCCUCCCUGGUGGGCGAAAGAAGAUCGCAUUCCCGCCGGUACACAAGUCAUCAAAUUUGAGACUGAUGCAAUUUGGCUCAACGCUGAUAGGCUCAAACGUCACAUCAUGGAUACCAUUUACACCUACCAGUCUGGCCUUUCCAAAACUGCAACAACUGGUGAAGGGCGGCCCUGGAACUAUCAUCUUAAUAAGCAUAUUGUUACAAUCAGGAAAGCUGCUGGCAUAAACGACGCAGAUACUUUCAUUCCGCGUCUGCGAGUGGUCAUCUUUGACAUGGCGUCAACAUCUUUCAUCGACAUAUGCGCAAUUCAGCUAUUCGAGGAUGUCAAGAAAGAAUUGCGGCUUUAUGCUGGAGAUGGAGUAGAAUUCCGUUUCGUGGGAAUGAACAAAGGUGUAAAAAGGCGGUUUGAACGAGCAGGAUGGAAAAUAGCGUCACCCUUUGAACCGAUAGUGGGAAGUGUAAUGGAAGUUGAAGGACAAGAGGUUGCCGCCGAACCCAAGAUUACGGUGCCUGACUUGUGGUUUGAUCACUUGCCACAUGCAAUCCAGCAUGUCACCCAUAUGGGACCGGAAGAUUAUGAUCUCGACAGAGUGUCGGUGGACAUGCAGAAGUAUUAAGGAUCACAGGACUUUGUUGAUCAAAGGACUUCAUCUGAGAUCGUUUUCGAGUUUUCUGUUCUGGGCUCGGCUUUCUUCCAUUUUUGUAAAUGGAGGAAUUGUUGCCCUUGGCAUGGACUGGAAUGAACUAGUGGAGAUGCCCUCCCGAUACUAUCCAAUGACAUCUACGGCUCUGCUCUCUCUCCUCUUCCCCUGGUGAAUUGAAAGUCUUGUUUACGCCGCAUUAAUCCAAUCCGUGUUAACCAAAAGUUCAAAUGUGUCUUUUCAGUCAAUAUAUGAGGGAGUUCUCGUUGACGUAGAGAAGCACACUAUCUGGGAAAAGCUGAGAGCUUUAAAACAACCGAUAGGACUGUAACAUUGCAAACCAAAAGGGAUUCGGUUUGAGCUUUCUAAAUUUUCU